AUGUUCGCGUCGCUGUCGGAGGCGCUCGCGUGGCCCCCGCGCGGCAGUCGCCCGCAGCCGCUCAAGCAGCAGCGCACCCCCACCGCCACGUGCUCCGACUCGAGCGACGACGUCUCGGACCGCGAGAGCGCACCCGUUGCCGCUGCGCCAAAGCCAACAACGACUGUCUACGCAAUUGCGUCCAAGUUGUUUGUCGCUGCGACAGCGCCACGGGACGACGAGACGCCAACGACGCCGACAGCAGACACUGCCGACACUGCAGCCAAAUCAGACGAAGCAGCGGCGGUCGGGACGCACGUGUCGACGGCGUUUGGGCUCGGGACGGUCGCUGCCGUGCGCCACGACGACGGCGUCGUUGCGGUUGAUUUGCCACUGGCGGGACUGCUGUACCUGACAAGUGCCGCGCAAAUGCAGGUGGUGCCUGCACUACUGGGGGACCAUGUGCGCACGCGGGUGGGCGCUGGACGGAUCGUGCAGUACAAUGCAGAGCAAGCAGUGUACGUGCUGCAACGAGGCGGCGGCAAUGGGGACGAGGAGACGAAGGAGAAGGUGACGCCGAAGAUGAUGAAGGAGGACGAUGACGAGGCUGUGCUGUUUUGCGUGCCAGUGUCGGACGUUAUCCUGCCGGACGGACGGACGUUUGGCCGACUGCGGGAGCCAGUGCAGCGGGCGAGGAGUCUGUCGGAAGGCAGCACGAGCAGUGAAGACUGCGGCUUGCGACGGACGCGUCCGAGGCUGUCGAGCACGAGCUCGUCGAACGGCUUGACGCUGCUGAAGAGCAUUGCUACGACGUCGUACUCGUUCAUUGCGAGCAAGUACCACCAGGGACAGCCCGUGAUCACCAGGUUUGGCGCUGGGCAUAUUGUUGCUGUGGAUCCACAGCGAGGGUCGGCUCAAAUCUACCUCGUGUGGGGGGCCAUGGCGUUCCUGAACGCUGACAUGAUUGACUUUUACCCCAAAGCGUUGGAGGGCACGGACGUGCACACGAAGUUUGGCUCGGGGAUUGUUUUGGAAUUGCGGCCCGCUGAUGCGAUUUAUACCGUGCGUCUGCACGACGUGCAGCCUCUGGGCAAGUCGGACGUGGUCUUUGUGCACGAGUCCGACUUGUCCCGGAGUCGAAAGAUUGCAGUCACGGCUGCGAACGUCCGGGACAGACUGAAAGCAAUGGCACAUCGGUGUUUCGGUGAACGCAUCGUUGUCGCGCACCAGAGCCACGAUGCAGAGCCAAACUCUGCCGGUAUAUGA